UGAAAAGGUCAGUGUUUUUCUUUACAGGUAAAAGGAGAGACUUAUUUUUCUUUCAUCGUUCAAACCCUAAAAAUAGAACUACCCCCAAACAAAAUCCCUCCAUUCCUCAUCCAAAUUUUCCAUCAUGAGCAACGAAUAUGAUUACCUAUUCAAGCUUCUUUUAAUUGGAGAUUCAUCUGUUGGAAAAUCAUGUCUGCUUCUCAGAUUUGCUGAUGAUUCGUAUGUUGAUAGUUACAUCAGUACGAUCGGAGUCGAUUUUAAAAUUAGAACUGUGGAGCUGGAUGGGAAAACAGUCAAGCUUCAGAUUUGGGAUACUGCAGGACAGGAGCGAUUCAGGACUAUAACAAGUAGUUAUUAUCGAGGGGCACAUGGAAUCAUUAUUGUCUAUGAUGUUACUGAUAUGGAGAGCUUCAACAAUGUAAAGCAGUGGUUGAAUGAAAUUGAUAGAUACGCAAAUGACAGUGUGUGCAAGCUUCUUGUUGGUAAUAAGAGUGAUUUGGUUGAUAAAAAGGUCGUAGACACAGAGACCGCUAAGGAAUCCUGUGGAAGCAUCUGUCGCUGCGAAUCUCCAGCUCCAUCCUUCCCUUGCCACCUAAGAUAUAUAUGGAAAUGUUAAAUGGGAAUUACUGUACUUAUGCCAACAUGAAAACUAGAUUUUCCACCCAAAUCAAAUUUAGACAUAUUACUUCGCAGUUUCAGAUGUUCUUUUCGCUCUUUCUUAUAAGUCUUGGUUUUUUCCAUGAAUUUGCGUCUUGGUUUUUCCCAAGAAUUUGCGUCUUGGUUUUUCCCAUGAAUUUGCGUCUUGGAUUAACUUAACUGUAUGGGUCAUACGCAUUAGUUAGGCAUCUGGAAAAUGAAACAAAAUGGAUUAUUGAUGAGCAUGUUUUAGAAAUUAUAUUGCCAACCGCCAAAUGAUAUUUGUGUGAUUCCCAACCAAUAGAAACAAAAAUAAUGCAUGUGUCAUUUUCUUUACAUGGUGAGAAAAGGUUGCCAAGUGUGAAAGCUAAUCUAUAUGCGAGUUUUUAAAUCUUGAGUUGAUUUAUUUUCUCCAUAUGAA